GUCGCAAUUAAAGGGUUACAUUACGGACACAAAAAAUCUCUUCCCGCAGGCGAUAUUAUUUAGAUCGCACGAUAUUCCUGUGCAAGUCCCAGUACAAGUGGCAUGUAUCCGACCAAGAACCCUCCCCAGAAAUGGGAACAAGCCUACUCUGUUCCGGCGAGGUUUCUAAAACUAGCCGGCGUUUGGCAUCAAGACUCUUGGCCGGCCGCGAAACGAAUCCAACACAUUCUAUUUUUCAUCUUGUGCGUACUAUUCGACGUCGCGAUCUACAUGGAACUGGCAAAUUUGGUAACCUCCAACGAUUACGAAAUGUUGUCGGAGCAUCUAUCUCCCGUAGGGUUUUACACUAGCUAUACUAUAGCUAUAGUGGUGUUUAAAGCUAACGGUAAGAAAUUCAAGAAAAUGACGUCUAGUUUGGAGUCGUCAGUUUUCAACGACCUUGCUUCAAGUUCGCUGAAGAUCAAGGAACGCUGUAUUUUCGAAUCGAACAGGCUGUCGACCUUUUUCCUAUCUACGGUGGGCUGUUCUCUAGUGAUCUACCUGGCCCGACCUUUGUACAGCAAUUAUUCACUUCCUAUAAGCUUUUCUUACAGCGUAAAUGGUAUCAAGUACUUCCUGGUGUACUCCCUCCAGAUCGUCUCGGUAAUCUAUCUGAUUAUAACGGGUAUUAGUCUGGUUAUGCUGAACAUAAGCCUGUUGAACAUCGCGUCGGCGCUGAUCGAUGUCCUAAACCAAUCAGUCGCGGGUCUCGGACAGCUAAGUGGAGUGGGAGUUUUGGUGCAACGUCAUUCGGUCAUAAUUAGAUUCGUGCAGGAAAUCGACGAGGUAUUCACGUACAUCUCACUGACUCGAUGUCUGACCAGCAUCAUUUCCAUCUGCAACGGGUUGUUUCAACUGACACACACGAGGAAAAUUCCAAGCGUGACGUUUGUAUUCAAUGUGGUUUACGUCUUCAACGUCCUCUUUGAGAUCGGUAUCUACUGUUGGUUCGCGACCGCGCUGACCGAGAAGAGCUUGACCCUCACCGACGCAUGUUAUAACUACGACUGGCCCGAAGAGUCACUUUCUAACCAACGAUCAUUGCUGAUGAUCACCGCGAGGAGUCAGAAGCCUUUUUACGUCACCGCCGGGAAGUUCGCCAGGCUCGGCGUUGGUUCGUUUCUCUCGCUCGUCAAAAUGGCGUACUCAUACUUCGCACUGAUGCAAAGCUUGUAUGAGAAGACCGAAGAUUUACGGACAUUAUGAAAGUAUACCAAGCGUAUCCCUGACCUUAUUUUUAACGCGCCGCAAAUUAACUCGAUAUCGAUUUAUUUUUUGUCCACCCAUUCACUUGUUCACGAUACUUUCGCCAUCUCGGCGGGACGAGGAGGGG